AUGGCAGCCCCUUUGCAACUGGUGUGCUUCUUCGUGGCUCUGCUUUCCACUCUGUUUCUGGGUGCAGCGACCUGGUCGGAUUGCUGGAUCGUGAACGCUGAUGAUAGCUUGGAGGUCAGCCACAAGUGCCAAGGACUCUGGAGGAAAUGCGUCACUAAUGUCCAAGACGGCAUUAAGACCUGUGACCAGUACGAUUCCAUUUUGGCUGAGCAUCCCAUGAAAAUUGUGGUGACGAGGGCAUUGUUGAUCACUUCCGACCUGCUUUCGGGCUGCGCCCUGGUGCUUUUGGUGAGCGGCCUGGACUGCAUCAAAGGCUUCCUGGACGAGCCGCGGAUGAAGCGGAAGAUGCACUCGGCGGCUGGAUUGGCACUCGGGACCGGAGGUGUACUGGGAUUGGUGGGCUCCCUCUGGUACGCCGUAAAUGCGUACAUGGAAAAGGCUGCCCACGUGCCCCACAAUGUCUUUUUGGACGCCCACCAAGACUUUGGAUGGUCGUGUUGGCUAGGAUUGAUCGGCUCGGCGGGAAACCUGGCGGCCUGCAUUCUCCUGUCGUGCUGCCUCCAUUGUUCCUCUCCAGGAGCUGACCUGGGCAGGAAAUCCCGAGGUGUCCGCACCGCUUUGCAGAGAUCUACUCCCAAGAUGUACGCGGUGGCUUCUCGGGUCUGA